AUGCAUAAUCGAAAAAUCCCGCAACACAGCCCGCAAUACACCCCGCAACACACCCCGCAACACACCCCGCAACACACCCCGCAACACACCCCGCAACACACCCCGCAACACACCCCCGCAACACACCCCGCAACACACCCCGCAACACACCCGCAACACACCCCGCAACACACCCCGCAACACAACCGCAACACAACCCGCAACACACCCCGCAACACACCCCGCAACACACCCCGCAACACACCCCGCAACACACCCCGCAACACACCCCGCAACACACUCGCAACACACCCCGCAACACACCCCGCAACACACCCCGCAACACACCCCGCAACACACUCCGCAACACACCCCGCAACACAACCCGCAACACACCCCGCAACACAACCCGCAACACACCCCGCAACACAACCCGCAACACACCCCGCAACACACCCGCAACACACCCCGCAACACACCCCGCAACACAACCCGCAACUCACCCCGCAACACACCCGCAACACCACCCCGCAACACAACCCGCAACACACCCCGCAACACACCCGCAACACACCCCGCAACACAACCCGCAACACACCCCGCAACACACCCCGCAACACACCCCGCAACACACCCCGCAACACACCCCGCAACACACCCCGCAACACAACCCGCAACACACCCCGCAACACAACCCGCAACACACACCGCAACACACCCCGCAACACACCCCGCAACACAACCCGCAACACACCCCGCAACACACCCCGCAACACACCCCGCAACACACCCCGCAACACACCCCGCAACACACCCCGCAACACACUCCGCAACACACCCCGCAACACACCCCGCAACACACCCCGCAACACACCCCGCAACACACUCCGCAACACACCCCGCAACACACCCCGCAACACACCCUGCAACACACCCCGCAACACACCCCGCAUCACACCCCGCAACACACCCCGCAACACACCCCGCCUUCUGCAAGCAAUAUCAUGA